AAAAAGUUACAUAGCCUUCAUAAGCCCCGCCCCCACCACCUGUGACACAAGCACUUUCCAUCUAGUCCCCGGAUGCUAGAAGAGCCGCGUGAGUCGGCCUCCACCUGUAUUGGCCUCUUGAGCCCUCUCGCUCCUGCUGUUUCCAUGGGACCACCUCAGGUACUACCAUAGACUUUUAUCCUUUCACCUGCUGUCUCUUUCGAAGCUCCUGGUCCUCUAAGGCCCCUGCUGACUGUCUUUAGGGGCCAGCGACUUCCUAAUCACAAUUCAGCCUGUUGUCGCCGUUAUCCAUAGUCAUCUAACAGCAUCCUGGCCGUUACAUCGGAGUAGCCAUUAUCGUCAUUAACCCAGUUCAAUCUAGGCCUUGGUGAGGUGCCUAAUAGCAUCAUGUCUACCAGAGGAGAUCAAGAUCCAACUAAAGAGAGCCGAGAUAACCCAGUAACCCUUGAGGGAGAGUGGGUACAGGAAGCCACAGAGGGCGGCAGGGUAGGCCUGGAGUCCGGCCUAGAUGGGGCUUGUGUCACACCGGCAGUUCAUCCUAGGGAGGUGGAGAAUGUUGGGCCUGAAAGAAACCCAGCGCAAGAGGGUUACACGGGAGAGAGCGCAGAUGCUGAGGAAGACUCAGAUAUUGAACCUGUUGAGGAGGAGGAGGAAGGAGAAGAGGAGGAGGAAAACACUGUAUCAGAUCAAGGCAUGGUAGACGCCCAUCGAUUCCCAAUGGCUGGCUUCCGAUUUAUGUUUCUGGAUCUGAUCCACGCCAUUCUCAACCGUGUCUAUUACAACGACCACGUCCUAAGGCGCCCCUGUGAAAACCCCGUGGCGGAAACACCUGGCCCUUCUACAUCUGGCCACUCAAGUGUAAUGCAAAUACCACCUGGGCCCCCUCCAUCAACAGUGAGAGCCGCAGAGUAUGACAACCAGCCCUCGGGCCCGAUCCUAAGCCUACCAGAGGUUAUCUCCACAUUUCCAGAGCUGGAGGAACCUACAGACUUCGAGGAAACAACGCAUCAUUACCUGCGGGAGCCAGAUCUUUGCACACAGGAGCCUGCAGUUAGGGCAGCAGCGGUGGAAGGAGUAGGGCAAGCAAUAGAAGAAGUGGAAGAACAGGCAACAGCAGAAGAGCCGGAAAAGGAAUUCAUGAAACAAAGCAUGGCCUUAGAGGGCGAAUAUCAUUAUGAUGCCUGGAAUGAAGUUGAUAACAUCUUUGAUGAGGAGGAAGAAAAAGAAGGAGAAGAAAAGAAAAACCAAGAAGCACUUAAUGAAAUGGACCCGGAUCCAGCAGACCACAACACCAGAAAAUCCAGUUAAGAAGAAUAGGAAGAAAAGGAUGAAGAAGGAAGGCUUACUGAACUUAUUGAAAUUUAGGUUUUUCCACUUCUGAGAAGCCCAACAAAGUUUCAUCAACACUGAUGUCACCCAAAAGUUCAUUACCCAGUAGCGAUAUUCCUCCUUAUGAAUUUAACAUCGUUCACACAAGUUCCAAAUGAAACAAUAUCAUGGGAUAAAAUAAAACUUAGGCAUGAUUUGGAGGCAA